AUGAAUAUAUAUUCCUUUUUACAAAUCCAAUUUUUUGUCCUGUACGCACUUCUUAAGUGCAUUGCUAGAUGCGAGAACAGUUAUUCCUAUGAUGCUUCAACGCAAACAGCAUGUCACAAAUUUGAAUCUCCGUAUGAAUUUACAUAUGACCAUUUGGCGAUUGGCCCAAUUAGUGAAGAAGUUAAGAAACUUGGAGAUGUAGAGUUUGAUACUUCAAUUUCCAUUUUGUAUGUUUUACUGCAUUUUGGCACAGAUAAGAAAAUGUUAUUGCAUAAAAUAAAUAACACUGAUAUCGUUUUAUUGCAUCUUCGAGAAUUUGAAUUUAAGUACAGAUAUCAAUUUAUUGAUAAAGUAUCCAAGGAAAACUGUAUUAGUAGAAUAAAAAGGCGUCUUGAUUUUAUUAUAAAGGAUGGUACUUUAUCAGAAGAAUAUUGCAAACAAGCUCAAAAAUAUUUCUGGAUUGAACAAAGGGUGGAUGAAGAAAUGUCUCUUAAGGUAGAUAAGGAAAAAACUUAUGAUGAGAAAUCAGAAAUGUGUAAAAAUAAAGAUGAAAUAAAAAAAUUUAUAAAUGUUUUAGAGAAAGGUAGAGGUAUAAAACUAUCAGAAGAAAUGAUAAAAAGUACUGUAGAUACAGUUGAGGACUUCCUUCUUGAUGUAUUAAGAACAUCCAUGAUAGAUACAGACUUUGACUUCAUGAAUGAGAUGAAUGCUCCAGAGCAGUACAGCAUGUGGAAUUUUUAA